AUGGAAGAUCCUCUAGCUACUCCGGUUUCCGGAAAUAGCAGAGACGUGUUUUCAGAGGUUCCUCUAUCUGCUGGAACGCCAAGUUUGGGCGAUAAGACUGAGAAACCUCCGUUCAGUUCCAACACGGCAAGUUAUUCAUUGUCUCCUAUACCACCUACACCUCCCGAGGAUCUAACAAUGCCUCUGCGUGAACCCAUAGCAACACCUCCAGCUCAGAUACUACCCCCUAAAACCACAUUCUUCGGCUUCGGCGUAGGAGUGGGCAUCCCUGCCACUGAUCCUCCCCUUCCGUCACAAUCCAGAGCGGGUUCGAACUCGAGUCAAGGUUGGCGUUCAGCAGUCGGAAAUCUCUUUUCUACCAGAUCUACUUCCAGUACCCCAGCUUCGAGUCUACAACCUUUGGUGACACCUUCGAUGCCGACCGUUUCACCCAAUGCCACCCCUACCUCAGCUGCCCAGGCUGGCCCAUCCAGGGGGGCUUUGACAUCGUUCUUGCUUCACCGAAUAGAAGACCAGGCAGCCUCCCGCGACAGAAGGAUCAGUCAGGAAAUGGGAGAAGGGGAGAAGCUAAGAGAAGGAUUCGAGAGAGUACGAGCGGAGAUGGAGGAUGCUGCUAGGGACAUGCGGAGAGAGAGACAAGCGAAGGGAAUUGCGGGGGGUGAAGCAGACGAUCAAGCGUAUCAGGGGGAAGAAGGGAUAGAUUGGGCGUUCUGGGGAGCUGUGGUACAGGAUUACGAAGAGGUUGCCAGGACAAGACCGAAGGAGCUUAGUAGAGCUAUUCAGCAAGGAAUACCGGCGGUCAUCCGAGGGGCAAUCUGGCAGCUCAUGUCCUCGUCCAAAUCUGCUGCAUUGGAAGAAACAUACAAAAAACUACUGAAAGAAACAUCACCGCACGAAAAGGCAAUUGCCAAAGAUCUCAGUCGGACUUUUCCUCAUCACAAAUACUUCCAAGAGGGCGGCGGAGUGGGACAAGAGAGUUUGUUCUUGGUGGUCAAAGCGUAUAGCUUAUAUGAUCAAGAAGUGGGCUAUACUCAAGGCUUGGCCUUCAUCGUGGCUGCAUUACUGCUAAAUAUGCCCGACGAAGAAGCCUUUUGUGUUCUUGUCAGACUUAUGGACUCGUAUAAUCUCCGCUCUCACUAUCUUGCAGACAUGCCCGGUUUACAACUCCGGCUAUUCCAAUUCGACCGGCUCAUAGAGGACUUGUUACCUUUGCUACACGCUCAUUUGCUGAAGAAAGGAGUGAAAAGCAGUAUGUAUGCGAGUUCGUGGCUUUUGACAUUGUUUGCCAAUCGCUUUCCCCUUACCCUCGUCUACCGCGUCCUCGACAUCAUCUUCGCCGAAGGUAUCGAAGCCAUCUUUCGUUUCUCUCUUGCUCUUCUGCAGCAGUCGGAGGAUAAAUUGGUCCAAUUGGAGUUCGAAAAUAUCUUGACGUAUCUUCAAAGCGACCUUUUUGAAGUGUACAGAGUAGGAGAGGAUGAGGCUCAUGAGGGACCGGAUGGAGAUAUGUUGGGGGAAGAUGAAUGGAGGGCUAAUGAUUUUGUUCGGGAUGCUUAUGCUGUCAGGAUAACGCCUUUCAUGCUCGACUCGUAUGAGGCGGAAUAUAACGAACGUCUACGCAGUCUCAAUGCUCAUGCGUUGGAAUUAGACAUGUUGAGAAAUGCCAAUCGUAAUCUGAGUUCUCAAGUGAAACAACUCGAAGUGUCUUUAGCCAGCUCUAAUCAAGAACAUGUCGAACUCGUUAGACAAUUGGUAAUGUGUAAAAUCGAAAAGGAAGAGACGGAAAGUGAAUUGGUGCGAUACAAGAUGUUAUAUGCAGAACUGGCACAUCAACAACAAGAUGCCAUGUCUGUACAUAGUAGAUUGAGUAAUGCUUCUCUUCAAGCUGGUCAAAGUGGGAGUCGACAAGGUAGUACAUCUGCUUGA